GGGAGCUGUGCUCUUUGUGUCUGACUCUUUCUUGUUGUGAUCACGUGUCUCUGUUCUGGGUGUGCGUCACAUUAUACUUGUCUGUAUCAGGAAACCAGCAGCAGUGCAAAAGUGACUUUUUACCAGCGAACAACAAAAUGAAGGCGGUGUUGUGCCUGUUCCUUGUGUCUGUGCUGUGUGUCUUCCAAGCACAUGGGGAGACUCCCGACGUUCAAAUUAUCGGUCCAGAGUACCCAGUUCUGGAAGGAGACGAUGUCACAUUGGAGUGUUCCUCAAGCAGUGACUCUGAUAUGAGACAUUUUGCUUUCCAAAAAUACAGCAAGUGGAUGAAUCGUUGGUUUGAGCUGGAUACAGUCCGUUAUUUCCGAUGCUGGUAUUACAACCUGAAUGUAUCUCGUGAAGGGGGGCGACUGCUUAUGCAGCUCAAUGACGUCUCUGAGUGGCAGAAGGGCCCUUACCGAUGUGUCUCCUCCGACGACAACUUUACCGAUGUGGUAGUUUCUGAAAACUUUACCUUUACUGUGUAUUACCUGCGGGACAUCUAUCUUCAGCGUGCCAACUCCUGGAGCCCUAGCGUGGCAGAUUAUCUGCUGGUGGAGGAAGGAUCUGAUGUGGAGAUUAAAUGUUCUGCCUCCGCUGACCAGGAACCCUUUUAUGAAUGGAGUAAGGAGUUCAGUGAUUGGAGCUGGGAAUAUGACACCCUCACACUCACCAACGUGGACCGGUCAGAUGCUGGAAUGUACACCUGCACGGCUUACCACUCGGAUAUGCCAAGUAUAGUCAAGAAGAAAACCUUCCAGUUGCGCGUGGUGCCAAAAAGCUCUUCAAUCUCAUUUGCUGGCCUGAGUCUCGGAGAUAUCCUGCUCUACUUUGUCGCUCCUACUGUAUCACUUCUGCUCCUCGUCAUCACGCUCAUCGUCUUCAUCAUCCGUCACCGCAGACGGCAAAUGAAGAAACCACAAAUCAGCCUGAUAGAGACUGAGAAAAGGACCCCCAUCUAUAAAGGCAGCAGUCAGUCUGUGUGUAGCACCACUUCUGACACACAGCCCCUGGUCAUGUAAACCGACAGGGCUUAUGGGAGCAUGAAGCCUACUCAGAUGGGACUCAGUGGCUCGGUGCUCUUCAAGCAAAACUUAUUUUCUGCUAUCCGACUGGUGAAGGGAGCUCAGUAUAAGUGGAAUCCUAUGAAGAAACGUUUGGAAAGAAUGAGGGAGGAAGGUGGUUGAAGAAGCAUGGGCCAUUUUUGAUAUCAUUCUUGGCCAAACCUUGCAUUCAAUGAAUCCAGCUAAUAGUUGUAAGAAGCAGUCUGUCAUUAAAUAGCUUUCUAGUAGUCACUUUCUAAAUAUAACCGCUAAUAGGAACUUUCAAGGUGUGUGUAUGUUUAUCCAGAGGGUUUGAUGGUUGUUCUGUGCCAUUCUUGUGUUCCCAACUGUACUGACAUAGAAAGGUUAAACCUCCAUUAUAAUCCUUCUCAAUAUAACCAUUUUUUGCAGUUGCUUGUGUGUGUCGGCUGCUUUGACCCCAGUUGGGGGAACAACUUAAGAGAAGAGAUGCAGUAAGAAUGUGUGCACAUUUUAUUUCCCAAAACGUGCCUUCCAAACACUUUCCUUCCCAACACUUUCCAUCCCAACUCUUGCCUUCCCAACUCUUGCCUUCCCAACACUCCAGUAAAUGCUCGGAGGCACCAUAUGUAUUUACCACUUUCUGCCAGUAGUGAGUACAAACAGGGACACAUUUGUACAGUUGCACAGCCAGACAUCCAAGCCUCCAAACUCCAACAAUGGUUCUAAUGCAGAAAUAGACCAAAUCCUAUCAAGCUAAUAAUUAACAUAGCCAUGCUUUAAGGGAACAGAUUCCCUCCUGUUUCCAUUUAGAUCUGUCCAUCUUCUCUGCCUUAAGCUACUUGUCCAGCCUGGACCAUUUCAAAUCCUUUGCAAAGGACCUUUAUUGAUUGGGUGUUUAAAAAAUAAAACAAUGCUCUCUUUCAUGUGUUCUUUUAUAUUUGUUAAGUAGGUUUAAUGGAGAAAACUAUUUUUGUAAUGAAAAUGAUGUUGAAGUGGGUAUUUUGAGUGUAGUCUUAUCUUCUAUAGACCAAAGAAGUGGACUGUUUUGAUUGUAUCACAGAUUUCCCAUAUACACCCUAAAAUUCACUGAAUAAUAAAGAAUCUAUUAGUA